UUUUUGCUACCCAAUUCCCUUACAAAUAUUCAAAACAUAAUUUAAUUAUUUUUUAUAAUAAACAUGUAUAGUUGAGAGUUUUUCUCAUGUUUGUAGAUGAUUAUCUGACGCAUAUCUGUUGUCACCGCAUUCUUGAAUAGAUUUCUUUUCUUCUUUCCUGCAAGGUGUAGUUUAAUUAUAGCUCGACGUGUACACCCGCACCGUGACCAGUCGAGAAACAUUUGUUUUUGUUACGCUUUAUUGCUUUUACGAUACGUUAUUCUCUUUUGUUUUAUUGUCGCAAUCGUUUCUUGUGGCACCGCUUUGUGUUUUGCAAUUUUUCUCAUUCGUGUAUUUAGGCAGGAUUAUGGGUGUUUCUCUUUCAAGUGUUUAUUUUUACAUCGUAAGCAUGCUGCAAGUAUUCGCCUCAGUCUUAACACGUUAACUGGCACAGUGAAAAUAAUCGUAUAAGCGUGAAAGUAAAAGGUGAAGCAAACACAUGCUGGACAACCGAUAAACAGGACAUGGACGAGAGAGGACAAUACAGAGAUGGAACUCAAACAGUGACUGGCCACGAAGAAUAUUUCGAGACAAAGUACUAUCUGGUUGGCUCUGCUUCCGGGGGUGAGAUCGAGAUUCAAAGCGGAGAGCACAAGUUUCCGUUUCAGUGCGUUCUACCAACAAAUAUACCCAGCAGUUUCGAAGCUGAUUUCGGACAUGUUCGAUACACGGUCAAAGUGACCCUGGAUCGUCCAUGGAAAUUCGAUCAGGAAGUGAAGAGUCCAUUCACGGUGGUGUCGCCUCUCGACCUCAAUCAGGAGCAAAGGGCUUCGGAAAGCGUACGAGAAGAAAUGAGCAAAACGUUUUGCUGCUUAUGCUGCGGUACACCACCAUUGACCGUGAAUUAUUCCUUACCGGUCAGAGGGUACGUGCCAGGUCAGUCGAUGCCAGCAAAGGUGAACGUUGAAAAUUUAUCUGGAGUGACGGUGGAAAGUGUUAAGCUCAUUCUUUGUAAGAUCGUGACUUUCCGUGCAACAACGCCAACCACCGACACGAAAACCGAAGAAAUCGUCGUGGCGGAAGUUGGAAAAGGCCCGGUAGAAGGAGGAGCAACCGUUGAAUACGAACAGAAGCUUGAUAUUCCACCGUUACCUCCGUCGAAUCUUACCAAUUGCAGAAUCAUUGAUUUGGAGUACAAUCUUAAAGUCGUAGCCGUUGUCUCGGGAUGGUAUCAUAGGAAUCUAUCGAAGAACACGUUAAUCUUCGUGGGUACGGUGCCACUGGUGAAUUAUCAGACUCCUACUGCUCCUCCAGCAGAAGCCUAUUCAAUGAAACCGGAAGUUGGAUGGGUAACUCCUGGAAUACCAACAUCCAGUCCUGACGGCGCACCUGCUUCGAAUUUGUAUCCCAAUUUACCUCCUCCAUCGUACGAGGAAUCGACUAACGGUGCGAGAAGUCUUUGGGAACGCGGUGAAUCCGAGCAUGUUUUCGGUAUUUCGAAUCGUUUCGCGCCUAGAUAUCCAGUAUACAAUUUCCUACCGCCACAAUGAGCAACGAAACUGGAUCAUAUAGAGUUUCGCUUGUUCAAAGGAAAACGAACAAAUAUGUAAAAUAACACACGGGAUUGUGUCUCACGGUAAACCGUGUGUGGCACCCAUUUUAAGAGCUUUAAUUGAAUUUUAGGAUUUAGAGUGUGCAGAGGUGGUUCCAGAAGUGGUUGUAAUUAGUCAUUUUUUCAGAACUAUCACUUUUUUAAUAAAUGAACUAUAUGUUAUCAGGUUGGAUUGGAAUUUAAGAAACUACGUAAGGGCACAUUUAAUUUUUUAAUAAUUAACUGAAGUAAUUUGAUUGGGUAAAUAUUUUACAAGUAAAGAAAAGAAGGUCAGGCCACGAAUGAGAGACGUGAUACUCACCUCAAAUAACUAUCGCGUAUGAGAGACAUUAUUCCAAUUUAAAUAAUUAAAUCAAAAUCAAUAUUGUUCCAAAUUUAUAACCAUAAAUCGUUAAUUUUAUGGCGAGAUCUUAUGCUAGUCAAGCUUGAAUUCGUUCUCAAAAUUUACGUGCUUCGGAUAAACAGCAGUACUCGGUCAAUUGAAACGCACAAUUAAUAAAUACUCGAUAUAAAAUGAAUGAAGCGAUAUUUGUUUUUUUUUUUUUUUAUUGUUGCAUAUAUAUUUU